GUUUACCAAAGCUAGGAGGCACACGACCUUCCAUAGGUCGUCAACUCGCGAGGCAGAAUCAGACAAACAUCAGCCUUGCGCCGGGAUUGCCCGCGAAAUAACACAUCGUGUGGGGUAUUUCUGCAGGCAGACUUCAGCCUUGUCCCUUCGCCCUUGACCACAGGGCGGAGCGAUGAAGAUAAGAGACUCAUGCCCCAAUACCCUUUCAUUCGUAUUAGGGAACUAUCACACAAUUCAUCCUCUUGCCUUGGACCAUGGCUGACCCGCUGUCCGGAAUCGCAGGCGUUGUUGGCUUGCUAGAUGUGGCCACCAGGACAUCGUCGCAGGUUUGGAAGCUCAUCGAGGCAUGGCGCAGUGCCCCGACCCAAAUACUCGAUCUUUCGGAAGAGAUUCACACCUCGCGCCGUGUUAUUUCGCAGCUGCAGACAGCUUGUGACACCGUGACGGAUGUUACCGAAUUCGAUCCUUUCAUUGAAGUCUUUACUACCCAAAUCGACAUCGCAAGAACGGUCUGUAUGGGCCUCGAAAGUAUUCUUCAAUCAAUUAGUGGCACGUCACUUGAUUCCCGUCGGCGUAUUCGCAAGGAGAGGUGGCUUCAAGCAAGAUCAAAAGUGGCCGAUCUGCAGAGUCAGCUUGGGAGAGUUCGCUCGAACAUUAUGCUGAUACUUUGCAUUCAAUCAGCAUUACGUGGAGCACAGCUAGAUCUACUUCUUCGGACUCAACACGAAGCCGUCAUGGACGUGCUCCGACCGAGAGCGACCCCGACUUCGAAUGCUACGAUUCCGACAUCAACAUCGACUAUUUUCGAGGGUUGCGAGGAGUCACUUGACCUCAAUGCUGCAAAUCGCGAGUUAGAGGCAUUUCAACCUGGAAGCCGCGUGAUCAGCCUAGCCACUCCGAGGCGAGUGGUCUGCAAAAGCUCAUGCAAAUGUAGUUGCCAUUUCUAUCGCUCAUAUAGUCGGUUUUACCUGGCUGGAUUCAACAAUAUCAUUGGAUCGGUAACAGUCGCCUAUUCCACUCCAACUGGUAAUAUUUCUACACACGAAGCGUCUUGCCUCAGGGCGAAGUUCAGUUCUCUUGAGUUGUCAUACUCAUUCCCGUCUUGGCUUCUCAAUUUAUCCAUUCUGACGGUUUUGAGCAUGUCCAACGGGACUCCAAACGUCGGCCUGAUAGUCCGGCGUCGCAUUUCAAGAGACUCUGCAAUCGCCUUCAGGACGCUGUAUGGGCUCGUCAUGAAUGGAGACUACCUAGGAGUAAAGGCCUCACUUGAAACACGGGAGGGGAGAGCGCAAUUACACGACGUGCUUUCAAGUGAUGGAGCUUCCGCUUUGCACUCUGCCGCGCACUAUGGUAACGUCGCCAUAGUAAAACUACUUCUAGCUGCAGGAGCGGAUAUAUUCUUGGAAGACGAUUUCGGGCGUCCACCGACAACCACCGCAGCUAAAUGGAUCCUCAAUCAAAGUGCUUUCCCAGCGAUUGUUGUACUAGGACUGCGCCCUACUUGUUUACGCGAUGAGCUUGCCAAGGAAGUCUAUCGUGUCCAGAUCAACGCUACGGAUGACUUCGGCGCGGACCCUAACCGAAGGAACGUGAGCACCAACGCUACUCCAUUGAUGGAAGCUUGUCGGAUAGACUCUCUUGCUUGUGUAAAAGCUCUCCUAGCAGCGGGCGCGAACGUUAAUACCGGCGAUGAACGACCAAUCUAUCUCGCAUCAGCAUUCGCUAGCGUCCCUGUCGUCGAGUUAUUGGUUUCCGAGGGUGCGGAUGUAAACGAUUUCUCCAAUAUCUGUCGUUCCGGACCGCUAGCCCACGCAGCGAAGCACAACCAGUUAGAAAUCACGGACUUCCUCCUAUCAAAAGGCGCAGAUAUUGACCACAGGGAUUGGGAAGGAGACACGGCACUCACUGAAGCUAUUAUACGCGGCGCAGUACUCUGUAUCGACCUGCUGCUUUCGAGAAAUGCGAACUACACUUUCGUCGACAAAUAUAAUUUCACAAUCCUUCACAACGUAGCAGCAUCUGGUGAUGCAAGAGUGGCUAAUCUGCUCGCUUCAGCCGUGUUGAAAGGGCUUGAUCUGGACGCAAGGAAUAAAAAGGGGAAGACUGCGCGCCAAAUACUUGAAUCAAGAGCUGGAGUGACAGAUGAGCUUCUUGAAGCUUUUAAUAAGCUAAUUGAUAGCGUCUCGCGAAACAAGACCCAUCAAGAGGACACGAUGGCAGGUAGCAAAGACGCUAGCGGCAGAUUCUCAGGAAGUCACCAAGAGCUCGUUCACAAACUCACCCACCACGUUCGGCUCUAUGUACCUGCCAUAUGGAAAUACAGAACGUCUAUUCUGCUGGUCUUCCUUCUGCUUAUAUCGCAUCUCGCACAGACGAUGAUUGAGUGUAUAUCUAGGCCACGAGCAAGCGCGCUCCCAAUGUAGCUCUAGAUUCGGCUUUGGUAAUGGUCUAUGGGAUUAGACGUAUAGAUAUACCGAUGUUCGGGCUCCACUCUUGCUGCAUCAAGAACAUCAUGAGGAGAGGCCCAGCUAUCCGUCAGCCGGUUCGU